AUGUCGCAAAAACAACGCCCCAUAUCCAUUUCAGAGCUUACCGAUGAUCCGGAUGUCAUGUUGAAAGAAAUUAAAUUUAUAUUUGUAGGAGAAGAUAGUCAGUCUGUGCACUCUCUCAUCGACAAGUACAUCGACUCUGUCGACCAUCAAACGUCCAAAGAAAAAUACUCUUCGUCGUAUUUGAUGAAGUACAACGAAACGUCAUAUAUAUUAACGCUACUUACAUGUGACGGGAGAGAUCCCCUUUUUUCAUUCACAACUUCUUUCUUUAAAAAUACAAAUUCGAUAUUUUUGGUCUAUACAAAGUCAUCACAAAAGACUGCAGACCACCUCGAGAAGUGGAAACAAGAAAUCAAUCGGUACGCAGACACAUCAUUGAUCCGCGGGGUCGUUGCCUUUGGGAAGGCAUGUGAAAAGGAACAGCCAAGUGCGCUUGAGUUUUGUGCUAAUAACACACUGAAAGCGGCACAAAUAGAUGUCGGUGUUCAGAGUGAUUGUGUCGCCUUUUUGCAAAGUAAUCUUGACUCUUCUAUUUCGGAGAGUCCGGAUUUCGACCCCCUUCCUCCAAAAAAGAAAAGCACCCAUUGUUGUGUUGUUUUGUAA